AUGGUUCGGGUGAUUGGCUUGCCGAGUAUUCGACUAACCGAUUGGACCAAGUGGUUGAUUUCGUGGUCGAAGAAUGGAAAGCGGGUCGCGUGCGUGUUCCAGAUGGGGGAAUCUGAAGCAAGAUUGUGGAUCUUUGACGGGGAGACUGGUAGGAGUAUCGCGGAAAGCGCGCCUUUGAAACGCGUUCGCUGUCUUUCAUGGUCGGAGGACGGGACGCUGUUGUGCUGUGGCGAGUACUGGUGUGGUGUCGGUAUGGGACGGACGCUCGGGGAAGAGAAUAUCGAAAUUUGAUGAUUUUUUGGCAACGGCAAUAUCUCUGUCCGGGGAUGGGAGAUGGUUGGCUGCUUCCGGUGACGGCGGGGAGGUUU